AGCUAAUUCUAUUUCAAAAAUGCCCCUCGACGUCCAAGGAACAUUUGUGUCACAGAAAAUCAAUAAAAUAAGAUGGAUAGCGGAGGAUUAUGUAGAAUCAAAGUGCUUUUUUACCGGCAGUUGGGACGACGAAGUGAAUUCCGUUAAAGUUUGGAGUUUUGAAAGUCCUCAUGAAGAAGAUGAGGUAGAUUACCCUCGUGCACUCUCUGAGUACCCUGUGGAAGGUGAUGUGACCGAAAUAAAGUUUAUAGAGAAAAAUAAAAUAGCCGUUUCGCUAUCGAACGGAGAUGUGAAGGUGCUGGAAGUUAGUGUGUAUGACCGACAGUCUCCGCUGAGAGAAGUAUUCCAUUUUAAGAAGCUACAUAACUACGGUGAAGAGCCAUGUUCCUGUACAUCGCUAGACACACUAGAAGGGGAUAUAGCCACUAUUGGAGAAGACGGCAAUGUGAACGUCCUGAGCGGGAGACGAGGCGAGGUGAUGCACUCCAUCAAAGGAGCUGACAGUUGUUCUCUACAUUCCAUCUGCUUUAUUAAGCAUAAUGAGGUCAUAACCGGUAACAUCAGAGGUCACAUGAAGAUUUGGGAUUUAAAAGCAACCAAUAACAAACCAGCUGCCUCAUUCCUUCUGGCUGGUGAUGAGUUAGCUGCUACUUGCAUCAUCCACCAUCCGACACAACCACAUAUAAUCUUAGCUGGCAGUGAAUCUGGGUCCCUCGCUGUUUGGGAUUUACGUAUGAACUCUUUCCCAACUUCCCUGGUCAAUGCACACUCGGCAGGAGUCUCAGAAAUGCAGUUCCAUCCUGAAAACCCACACAAACUCCUCACAUGUUCAGCUUCCGGAGAGCUAUGGGAUUGGAACAUGGAGGCUAUGACAAAGAGUUCUAAAGGCCCUGACAAUCAAGUGACGUGGAUGCCAUUAGAAGAUAAAAAAGCUAUGAUGGUGAACUCCUUGAUACCAGCCCUGCAUAAACCUAUCAACAGUCUCCAUUGUGACAAAGGCAGGAUCCUUUGCGGAGCUGAUAAUGAAGCUGUGUAUUUGAUUAAGAACUUUAAGUAUUAAGCUUGAAAGUUAAGAUGAUUUUUUCCUGUUUGGAGGAACUGUGAUAAGGUGGAAAGCUCAAUAGAGCUACAUCACACGAAUAUUUUCGAAACUAGUGUGUCAUGGAAUUAGCAGAAUGAGAUGUUAAGUUUGGUCUUGUUUGUGAAAUGUGAACUCUUAACUAAUCUGUUAAAAAGUUAAUUGUAUACUUUUUUGUAAGUUAUUUGG